AUGUCCAUUGAAAACCAAAUAAAAAAAGUGUAUCCAGGAGAUUUUAAUCCAGAACUAUGUAUUCUUCCAAAAGUACUCAAUACAACAAUUCAUCCACUUGUAUCUUCUUUCUUCGGUUUAGGAAACGACCGCAUUAUUACCAGAUAUACAAAGUUAAAUCCUCAAGUUGAUGUAAAUGUUUUGAAAAAUUGUUUAGAAUAUGAACCAAAGUUUUAUAAAUGGGCAG